CUUUACUGGGACCAGAUGCUGAAGACUUACCAAGCCCUCGUUUCCCUGGGAUAUCGAGGUCCCACACCUGCCUUAAUCUGCAGCAUCCAGCAAGGACAGGUGGAGCUCUGGGUCUGUGAUGAUGAGGACCGUUGGAAAAUCUCCAGAUCGGAGGACCUCGUGCCAGGAGGUGCCUGGUUCCUGAGCAGAGAUGAGGAGCAGCCUCCUGCGGAAGGGCCUGCAGACCUGGAGCCAUCAUGGACUGGCCCAGGGAGUUUGGGUGAGAUGGACUCCCUGAGACUUGAGAAGGAGCAAUGGCACAAGAGUCAGCACCAGCACAUCCACCUGAGGAGUGAGACGCACCACUGUACUGGGUUCGGGAAGAACUUGUGCUGGCAAGACCAGUCCCAGCAGCAGUGUGCGCAGAGGGAGACGCAGCCACAGCAUGGCACCAAGUGUGGGAAGAGCUUAAGGCAGCCCUCCAACCUGGCCAAGCACUGGUGCAUGCACGCAAGGGAGAAGGCACAUCAGUGCUCAAAGUGUGGGAAGAGCUUCAACCUGUCCUUCAACCUGACUAGACACCAGCUCAUCAACAUGGCGGAAAAGCCACAUCAAUGCUCGGAGUGCGGGAAGAGCUUCACCCGACCCUCCCUCCUGGCCCAACACAAGCUCAUCCACAUAAGGGAGAAACCACAUCAGUGCUCAGAGUGCGGGAAGAGCUUCAACCGACCCUCCCAGCUGGCCGAACACAAGAUCGUCCACACUAAAGAGAAGCCAUAUCAAUGCUCAGAGUGUGGGAAGAGCUUCAUCCGAUCCUCCUACUUGACCCAACACAAGCUUAUCCACACAGGGGAGAAGCCACAUCAAUGCUUGGUGUGCGGGAAGAGCUUCACCCACCCCUCCAGCCUGGCCCGGCACCAUCUUGUGCACACAGGGGAGAAGCCACAUCAAUGCUUGGAGUGUGGGAAGAGCUUCACCCACUCCUCCAGCCUCGCCAAGCAUCAGUUUAUCCACAGUGGGGAGAAGCCACAUCAAUGCUCGGGAUGUGGGAAGAGCUUCAACCAAUCUUCCAACCUGGCCCGGCACCAGCUCAUCCACACACAGGAGAAGCCACAUCAGUGCUUGGAGUGUGGGAAGAGCUUCAGACAGCUCUCCACCCUGGCCCGGCACCAGCUCAUCCACACAAAGAAGCAGCCACAUCAGUGCUUGGAGUGUGCAAAGAGCUUCAGCCAGCUCUCUACCCUGGCCCGGCACCAGCUCAUCCACACAAAGAAGAAGCCACAUCAGUGCUUGGAGUGUGGGAAAAGCUUCAGACAGCUCUCCACCCUGGACCGUCACUGGCUUAUUCACACACAAAAGAAGCCCUAUAGGUGCUCAGAAUGUGGGAAGAGCUUCAACCAAUCCUCCAACCUGGCCCGGCACCAGCUCAUCCACAUAAAGAAGAAACCAUAUUAGUGCUUACAGUGUGGGAAGUGCUUCCCCCACUUCUCCAAGCUGGCCUAGCACCAGUCCAUCCACAUACGGGUGCAUCUGUAAUGCUUCCAGCAGUGCAGAAAGGGCUUGGGGACGUAUACCCGCUCAGCCCCUGCCAGUGUUUGCAUCCAGGGAAGCAACCUCAUGGUGGUGCAGUGCAGCAAGAGUUCAUCCAUUGUUCAGCCCUGAUAGGGCACUGCAGAACCCAGAGGGCACAGAGGCUAGCCGCCAAGGUUUGAUGCAGGGGAUGGGAUAAAAGGAAAGCCCUCAGGCAGAGACCAGUCCAGGUGCUGGGAGAACCUGUGAGGAGAUGACCUUUGCAUCAGCCUUGGAGCUUGUGCCAUCCCAGUCACUCUCUAAAAGCAGUCGGUGCUGCCAGGGGAGAAGUGCCUUCAUAAUACGGUGCCCUCCCCAAGACAACUGGCUCCAUAUGACACCCAGGGACUGUCUUCAGCCAAAUCCAAGCUUUGUCCUUUCUCCUGCUCCCAGGUUCCCAGUAUGUGAAGUUCUAGAGUGGAAGGGAGGUGGCCAUUUAUGGCAGGGAAUCAUUCCCUGCCUUGCACCCUGGCCUCACCUUUCACCCCCGCCACAUCACCUCCUUCCUAGGCCUGCACGUGCCCAUCAUUGUCUGCUAGAAGCUGCAGCUGCCGCGCCACGAGCCCAGUUCGGCAGUUUUGUUUCUCAGCCCCUCGUCAGAACUGCACCACCAGGCGCCAGCUGCUGCCCCCCCCACCCCAUCCCAGUCUCUAUAACAGACUCUUUGCUAAUCAAUUGGGCUGUAGGGCUGUGCAAAGCUUUGGAUCAUGAUUCAGGUUCGGGGAUGAUUCGGAGGCUGAAUCUACAAGUCUGAAUCAAAUCACGUGAAGCUUUAGGCUUUCUGAAUAGAUUUGGAGCUUCC